UCGUUACGCCGUUAGGGUUUUGUUUAUCACUUCUCAUGGAGAACGAAAAACAGAAAGAGAACGAGAACUUUAACGAGGGUGAAGAAACCUCGCAAAAUGAUGGUUCGGACCAAGAGGCUACCCUGAAGAACAAAAGGAAUAUCUCUGAUCUUUCGCAAAAACCUUAUGAAGAUGAUGCGGAACAAGAGAAGAAGAAAAGGAAGAUCUCUGAUCUUUCGCAAAAACAUGAUGAAAAAGAAGAUCUCCAAAAGGAAUCAGUUGACUGGUCCUCAAGUAGUACUGAACAUGAGUUUGAAGGAUUUGUACAUCCAUCUGUCAUUUGCAUUGGACAGAUGGUUAAGCAUAUAACUGAAAAUGAAAUCAAGGAUUUUUUUAUAAACAUUGCUGAAGUAACAUCUGUGAAACUCCAGCCACCAAAGCCUGAUGGUGAGAUGCAGGCUUUGGUUUUCUUUGAAACUGAUGAAGAAGCACAAGCGGCCCUGAGUUUAAACGGAAAAGAUCUCCUUGGAAAAUCGGUCUAUAUUACACGUUGCAGCAAGGGGCUCUUGACCCUGUGUGUUACCGGUUUUAAUUCCCAGUUAACUGAGGAUGAUAUUCUUGAAGAAGUUUUUCACCAGUUGUCUGAUCUAGAGCCAAAAUGGGAGGUGGAAGGUCAUGUAUUUCUUCCUAAAUCCGUUGAAACCGAUUCUAAUCUUGGACUUUUUUACUUAAUUGUAAAGCCCCCUGAUGACACAGACUGGACUUCUCAUGCUGUUUACGAAUAUUUUAGUGGGAAAAAUAUAACUGUCAGUGAUGCUAUAAUCAACAUUUAUAAAGCUGAUCUAAGGGCAUGGGUCCUUCGGUCUAUAAUGGAUGGUGAUAUACCAAAUCUCCAAGGAAAGAUUGCUGCUUUGAGAACUUCAAUUGAAGAAAACAGUCAAAGAAUAUAUGACAAAGAGGAGCCAUUUUCUUGGAGGGAGAUCCAUCCAGAAUUUUUUUCUGACUAUAUUCAGUUAGCAGAUGAGUGUUGGGCAGUAAUACUAUACAGAGGAUAUUUCGCAGCGUUUUUUAUGGAAAAUUCUAGAAGCUGUGAACUUGAUGUUUGCACAAUCAUCAAAGGAGUAGACGCUAGGUAUAAACUCUCUGGAGGUGGGAUUGUCAGCAUGGAUCAUGCAAAACCUUUUAUGUUGGAGCACGCAAGAGAUCUAAAAUUCCAUCACCGGCCGAAAAAGAAUCAUGAUGAAAGAGAUUUUGAAGCGUUUGAGAAACGAAUCAUAGGACUGGCCAGGAGAGUUCCAGUUGGCACUAUGUUAGACUUUCUUCCAAGUAUGGAAGAAUGGGAUGGCAAUAGUAUAUUUGUUCCUACGGAGAUUGAUUUAAUCCGAAAGUUUUUGGAGAAAUUACCUUACCACGGCUAUUUCGUAUCUGGUAUUGAUUCGGAAAACGGAAUUGAUUUUUGGAAAGGACAAGAUUCCGGUGGAAGAGAUUUUGGGGAUCAAGGUUUUGUAAGGAUUGCCCGUCACUAUCGUCUGAUAAAACAGGUUUUUGAGUUCACGGUCUGAUAGGGUACACGUUGGAACAACUUUUUUGUGUACAUAACGCGGAAGUUGAAGUAAUUAGUUUUUAAUCGGUCACUAUUGUUGAUUUUUUUAUCAACUGCAACUUCGGAUUAUAUAAUCAUGUUUUUAACAACGGGAACUUACAUAUCCUAUCUUUUUUAUUGUCAGAGCUCUUCUAUUAAUAUUUGUAUUGGAUUCGGUUUGGCAUUGUUGGAUAUUAUUUGGGCCGGUUGUAGUGUUUUUAAGUUCGAUCUUCUUUGUUCAACGUAAUAUUGGUAUUGGAUUUGGUUCGGCAUUGUUUUAAGUUU